UGAUUACCCCAAAAAGGCAAAGAGCGAAGAAGAUUGUGUUUCGAUCCAAAUCUCUGCUUUCAGGUAACAAGAAAGUUUCAAAUUCCACGCAGUUGUGUUUGAGCUGCUGGCUGAUUCACAUUCAUUUCAAAAGGCGCCAUUCUUUCUCUUAAAUUCCAGUUGCAGCAGCUGAUUGGAUCCUGGAAGUCUGAUGAUGGUGAUGAAGAAGUCAUCGUCAUCCUUCUUCUCUUCUCGCCGCGUCCUCUGGUUUGGAUGGAAGCUCGUGAUCGCUCUAUCUGUUAGCCUCUGUCUUAUGGCUCUAAUCAGGCUUCGACAAUACUCUCAACCGGAAACAUCUUCUUCUUCUUCUUAUAGACUAUCUCGCAGCAGAUCCCGAAUUCAUAGUCCACACUUGGAAGACAGCGCAAAGAUUGCAUUUUUGUUUCUUGCUCGACGUGACCUUCCCCUCGAUUUUCUAUGGGGAGACUUCUUCGAGAAUGCUGAUGCGGCUCAUUUCUCCAUAUACAUUCAUUCGGAGCCCGGAUUUGUAUUCGACGAUUCCACCACAAGGUCCAGCUUCUUCUAUAAUCGACAGUUGACUAAUACUAUUAAGGUGUCAUGGGGUGAAGCUAGCAUGAUUCAAGCGGAGAGGUUAUUGUUAGAUGCAGCUCUUGAAGAUCCUGCUAAUCAAAGAUUUGUUCUCUUAUCUGAUAGCUGUGUUCCUUUGUACAACUUCACCUAUGUUUACAGUUACCUAAUGUCUUCUUCCUCCAAGAGUUUUGUUGACAGUUUUCAUGAUAAGAAGGAAGGCCGCUACAACCCAAAAAUGUCGAAUGUCAUACCGAGGAACAAAUGGAGAAAAGGAUCACAGUGGUUUACAUUAACAAAGAGACACGCAGAAGUUGUUGUGGAUGAUGAUGUUGUUUUCCCUGCCUUCAAGAAGUUCUGCAGGAGACGACCAGCUGUAGACCCAAGCAAGGGAAAAGAGAAUAUUAAACUUCAGAAGCAGCAUAACUGCAUCCCGGAUGAGCAUUAUCUUCCUACUUUGUUUGCGAUGAGUGAGCUUGAACUUGAGCUUGAACGGAGAACAGUGACUUACACUCAGUGGAACGAGUCCGCGUCUGGCAUGGAAACUAAAUCCUGGCAUCCUGUUACUUUUGGAUACACGAAUGUCGGCCCUGAACAAAUUAAAAGAAUACAGGACAUCAAACAGAUAUACUACGAGACUGAAUUGAGAACUGAGCUGUGUAUUAUUAAUUCAACAUCUGUUCCAUGCUUUCUGUUUGCAAGAAAGUUCUCUAGAGCGGCUGCCAUGCGUCUCCUGAGCGAAGGAGUGACCGGACCGUUUGAUCCGACAAGAUUACUGAGUUCUUCUUUACACUGACCGAUCAGGUUUGAAAAUGACGAAAAAGAAAAGUUAUAGAACAAAAUGAGAAUUGCAUUUACAUCAUUAUACAGCUUACUUUACUACAAAGAAUGUACAAUUCUAACAAAGUAAUCAGCUUUUUAUAUAUAUAGAUGCGUUUAUUUAUUUGGUUUGA